AGCCAAUCGCAUUGGCCGUGUGAAGUAGCGGGCGCACGGAGUAGACUGACCGAGUGACAGCGUCUGAGUCCCGGGGAGGAGGAUCGCAGAGGCUCCGUGGGAGAAGUCAGCGCCGCGGACAAGAUGCCGAACAAGCCGAAGAAGGAGAAGGAAUCCAGCAAAUCUUCCAAAGGCUCCAAGAACAGCAGCAGCGUGAAGGACGGCGGGCCGGAGAACCCGGAGGAGGUGCAGCAGCAGCAGCAGCAGAGCGGCAACAAGCGCGCCAGCUGCAGCACGCCGCCGCCGCCAACGCAGCUCAACAAGAUCAAAUACUCCGGCGGCCCGACGCUGCUGAAGAAGGAGCGGCGCCAGAGCUCGACCCGGUUCAGCCUCACCAAGAACCGCGAGCUGCAGAAGCUGCCCGCCCUGAAAGAUGCCCCGCCCCCGGAGCGAGAGGAUCUGUUCGUGCAGAAGCUGCGGCAGUGCUGCGUUCUGUUCGACUUCAUCAGCGACCCGCUCAGCGACCUCAAGUACAAGGAGGUCAAGAGGGCGGGGCUUAACGAGAUGGUGGAGUACAUCACGCACAACAGCGAGGUGGUGACCGAGAGCAUCUACCCCGAGGCCGUCGUCAUGUUUUCCAUAAACGUGUUCCGGACUCUUCCUCCGUCCUCCAACCCGACCGGCGCCGAGUUCGACCCGGAGGAAGACGAGCCCACGCUGGAGGCGGCCUGGCCUCACCUGCAGCUGGUGUACGAGUUCUUCCUCCGCUUCCUGGAGUCUCCGGACUUCCAGCCCAACGUCGCCAAGAAGUACAUCGACCAGAAGUUCGUUCUGUCGCUGCUGGAGCUGUUUGACAGUGAGGAUCCCAGAGAGCGAGACUUCCUGAAAACGAUCCUCCACCGGAUCUACGGAAAGUUCCUGGGUCUUCGCGCCUACAUCCGCCGGCAGAUCAACAACAUCUUCUACAGGUUCAUAUAUGAGACGGAGCAUCACAACGGCAUCGCUGAGCUGCUGGAGAUCCUGGGCAGCAUCAUCAACGGUUUCGCUCUGCCUCUGAAGGAAGAACACAAAAUGUUUCUGAUCCGGGUUCUGCUGCCGCUCCACAAGGUCAAGUCUCUGAGUGUGUACCACCCUCAGUUGGCUUACUGUGUGGUCCAGUUCCUGGAGAAGGACAGCAGCCUGACGGAGCCGGUGAUCGUGGGCCUGCUGAAGUUCUGGCCCAAAACCCACAGUCCGAAGGAGGUGAUGUUCCUGAACGAGCUGGAGGAGAUCCUGGACGUCAUCGAGCCGGCCGAGUUCGUCAAGGUGCAGGAGCCGCUCUUCAGGCAGCUGGCCAAGUGUGUGUCCAGCCCGCACUUCCAGGUGGCAGAGAGAGCUCUGUACUACUGGAACAACGAGUACAUCAUGAGUCUGAUCAGCGACAACGCCGCCAAGAUUCUCCCCAUCAUGUUCCCCGCGCUCUACAAGAACUCCAAGAGCCACUGGAACAAGACGAUCCACGGUCUGAUCUAUAACGCUCUGAAGCUUUUCAUGGAGAUGAACCAGAAGCUGUUUGACGACUGCACCCAGCACUACAAGGCCGAGAAGCAGAAGGAGAAAUACAAGCUGAAGGAGCGGGACGAAGUCUGGAUGAAGAUCGAGGAUCUGGCCCGGCAGAACCCACAGAGCAAUAAGCUCCACCCUCUGCGUCCUGGACUCCAGCCACAGGAAGAGGUGAGUGAUGCUCUGUGUGUGUGUAGGGGUGUGUGUGUGUGUGUGUGUGUGUGUCUGACUCGCGCUGCGUUCCAGUUCCUGAUGUUCAGCGAUGGUGGUCUGGCCUUCAUCUCCAUGGAGACGGAAACUCCGACAGCGGAGGACAUCCAGCUGCUGAAGAAGACGGUGGAGACGGAGGCGUCACAGGGGGCGAAGGAGCUGCAGAAGGACAAGGCGCUGAUGCGCAGGAAGUCGGAGCUGCCGCAGGACGUUUACACCAUCAGAGCUCUGGAGGCUCACCAGCGGGCCGAGGAGUUCCUCACAGCCAAUCAGGAGGCACUCUGACCCCCAUGAGGCCCCGCCCUCUCCGCGGCUCCGCCCCCUGGUGGCCGGAACCAGUAGGACACUAGAAGCUCCGCCCGUCUAUCCAUGUGCCGUGUCUCAGCGCUCCACUGUGAUUGGACAUCAGCCACAAACCACGCCCACAUCUGCCCCGAGGCUGCCACGGUUCGGACCGCCGCCGAGCGCCUGAACGCAUCGUCGGAUUCCACGGCAGGAACCCGGAGGUGCGUCCCGAUUGGCUGCUCUGGCCCCGCCCCGUUGUGGUGUUUCCAUGGAAACUGUGGGCCCUUUGGCUCUACUUCACUUGAACGCAGCGUGGAUGAAUGUCCCCAUGACCUCUGACCUCAGUCAGCCAAUCAGGUUUGGAUCCGCAGAGACGCAGUGAAUGUAGGCGUGGCCUCCGCCAGGGGUACCGCCAAUCAGGGCUUAGACCCAAACACCAAGAACCAGGCCCGGUUCUGAUGGUUCUGAAGGUCCGGUCACCACAGGAAGUGAUGGGAUGGCUGCAGUUUCCUCCAGGCGUUUCAGACAUGAACUCUGAUUGGUCAGAGGAAACAAGUCGUCUAAUUAAGCAGCUCUGAGGUGGGGGAGGGGCUUUGUGAUGUCAGGGAGACCACGCCCCCAUGAAGAACACGCCCACAUUGGUCACGCCCACAGCACGUCAUUUUUUUCUUCAUGGCUCUUCCAGCUGUUGAGCCUGCAUGUCAUCAUCCCAUUGGCUGUGAUAAGCUCCGCCCCCACAGCCCCCCAUGUCGUGACACCACCAGGCGGCGCUGUUCCAGAUGUUUAUUGAGCAUCACACGGUGAUUUGUACAGAUGUUCAUGUACAGCAGAAAUAAAGCAGAUCCCGCCCACA